AGCAGCCCCAGCCGCGGCCGCCCGGGGACGCCGACGCCGAGGCCGCUCCGGCCGGGCAGGGACCGGGGCCGGCUCCGCCAGUUCUAACAGCCUCAUGGCCCCAGCCGGCCACUGAGACCAUGGGCAGCUACUAUUCUGAAUACCUCAAUCCCAACAAAGUGGUGGACCAUUACAACUACACCAAAGAGACGCUGGACACGCAGGAGACGCCGUCCCGCCAGGUAGCCUCCGCCUUCAUCAUCGUCCUCUGCUGCGCCAUCGUGGUGGAGAAUCUGUUGGUCCUCAUCGCCGUGGCCCGCAACAGCAAGUUCCAUUCGGCCAUGUAUUUGUUCCUGGGGAAUCUGGCCGCCUCCGAUCUCCUGGCCGGGGUGGCGUUUGUGGCCAACACCUUGCUCUCGGGUCCCGUCACCCUGUGGCUGACGCCCGUCCAGUGGUUCGCCCGGGAGGGCUCUGCUUUUAUCACGCUGUCGGCGUCCGUCUUCAGCCUGCUGGCGAUCGCCAUUGAACGACACGUGGCCAUCGCCAAGGUCAAGGUGUACGGCAGCGACAAGAGCUGCCGGAUGCUGUUGCUCAUCGGGGCGUCGUGGCUCAUCUCGCUCAUCCUGGGGGGCUUGCCCAUCCUUGGCUGGAACUGUCUGGGGCACCUGGAGGCCUGUUCCACGGUGCUGCCCCUCUACGCGAAGCCUUACGUGCUGUGUGUGGUCACGAUCUUCUCCGUGAUCUUGCUGGCCAUCGUGGCCUUGUACAUUCGCAUCUAUUGCGUGGUCCGGUCCAGCCACGCGGACGUGGCUGGUCCUCAGACCCUGGCUUUGCUCAAGACGGUCACCAUCGUGCUGGGUGUGUUCAUCAUCUGCUGGCUGCCCGCCUUUAGUAUUCUCCUUUUGGAUUAUGCCUGCCCCGUGCGCGCCUGUCCCGUCCUCUACAAAGCCCACUAUUUCUUUGCCUUCGCCACCCUCAACUCCCUGCUCAACCCAGUCAUCUAUACCUGGCGCAGCCGGGAUCUUCGGCGGGAGGUGCUGCGCCCCUUCCAGUGCUGGCGUCGGGCCACGGGGGUCACAGGACGGCGAGGGGGGACCCCGGGCCAUCGCCUGCUUCCCUUACGCAGCUCCAGCUCUCUGGAGAGAGCAAUGCACGCGCCCACGUCCCCCACGUUCUUCGAAAGCAACACUGUGGUCUGACCGAUGCUCAGGCCACAGCGGGUCACCACCAACACGCCUAUUCCGGGGAACGAGGUGUGUGUGGGGGGGGGGCUGUCCAGCCAGAAGCCCCCUCCCCCCCAAUUCUGCAGAACUGGGUCAGAAGGAACAUCACUCAUCCACAGCCUGGGGCGACUUUUGGAAGCCACCGGCCAGUCCCAAGGCAAGGAUGAGACCGUGUGAGACUCAAAAUGACCAGGUGAUGCCGGGCGUCGGUGCUCACGCCUGUAAUCCCGGCUACUCAGGAGGGCUGAAGAUCGGAGUUUGUGAGACUCUGAAUCUAACUCCAAUGAACCACCAAAGAGUGACGUGGCGCUGUGGCUCAAAGCGGUAGAGCACUUAGCCAAGUCUAGGGUGACGGAGGACUAAGCAGAAAUAGUUCCCCACUGAUUAAAAAAAAAAAAAGGAUUUCACCAUCUUCCUGCCUGACGGUCUCCCCUGCCCCCAGCUCCCUUCUAGAAAUGUCUCUGAAUCACCUGAGGCAGGCGUAGGGAGCUGCUUUCUUGCUUCCUGAGCCCGGAUCCUCUGUCUGCCCGGUCUCCUCCUCCUCGCCAGCCUCCUCCUCCCCUUCCCUCUCCGAUGCCAAUCAUGGGGGGGCGCGCUUGGGGGGUGACUGAGCCCCAUUCCCCAUUCUCAGACCAGACAAUUGCACUAUUGGGGUGCAGAGGAAUUGCCAAAGACUGGAAAAACCUGCUUGGGGAAAGGCUUUGGGCCUCUUCGAAGAGCGAGGGAAUACUUGAGAAUGUUCUGGGGGGGGGGACAAUGUAGCAGCAGCUCGCGCAGUAAGUCCCAUUUUUAUACUUUCCUCCCAGCCGAGGGUCCCCCAAGCAGAGAAGCCUCGAACCCACCGAGCACCCUGUAGGCUGUUUUAGAACACAGCAUGGGAGAGGGGUGCACAAGGACAUGGGCCUUUUGUUGCCCCACAAAGACUCUGCAAGCCCGCACCCACCACCGUGCCUCCCACCUGGAAUCCCAGCCAUUCAGGAGGCUGAGGUCUGAGGAUCCAGGUUCAAAGCCAGCCUGGGCAGGAAAGUCCAUAAG